CGAUGUGUAAUGUGUAUACAGUAUUCAGUAAAUUUGUGAAUUGCGUCUAAGCCGUAAGGUAAUAGUGAAUGUCAAAAUAACUUUUAGUGAACUCUUCAUAUUUAUACAGUUACAGUUUUACAGUUGUACCUAAUAUUGUUACUAUUAAAGCUUGAAACAGUAUACAAAUUUUACAUUUCUACAUAUAAUCAUGGGUAAACCAAAAACCACUGUACUUAAUGCAAAUCAUCCGAACAGUAGAAAGACAAAGCAAUUGAUUAAAUCUAAACACAAGCUUGCAUUUCGGGACAAAAAGAAGUAUAUUAAUUUAGCAAAACCAAGUUCAUUAUGUGAAAAAUUAAUUUGGUUCAGAGAUAAUAUUGAUAACACAAUUGAGCAAUAUACUCAGGAUACUCUCUCAUUAUUAAUUGAAAAGUAUCUUAAUCGUUUUGACCACGAAGCUAGCAUAAUCAAAGCAAGACAUAAAGAUAAGGGCAAUCGACGAUUUGCUAGUCGGGAGGAUGUCAUUAGACACACAAUAGAACGAGAAAGAGAAGAGUAUAAUACUGCUGGAAUUGAAGUACCAAAUAUACUUGAAGCCAGUCAAUUACUGUAUUUGCGCACCUGGGAUGGUGACAUAAAGUAUCUACCAAAUUUCAAAAUAAUUCGCUUUCGUUGUUUAAAUAUAAUUUAAUUAAACCUAAUUAUUAAAAAUACUGCCAUGUUAUAUACAAGCAA